GGAUCUAGAGUCUCGUGUGUGUUACAUAUAAGACUGAUUUAGUUUUCGCAUUAUUUAGUUGACCUCCGUAAGGCCAUUCGUGUGGUCAGCAAUGGGUACGUGGAUUGGUAUCUUAUUUCUCGGUGUGGCUCUGUCUGCCCCGGCUGAUGAGUUUCGGGCUCUGGUUAACGAAGGUGAUCUCUCAAUCAAUGAUGAAUCUUACCGUAUGCAAAUAAUUCCUUCAGGAUAUUCUCCUCAAAAAGUAGAAAAGCAUUCUAAAAUUAAAUUGACUGACUUCAUUAGCCAGGACAAUGAGAAUUUUAAAUUAUUUAAAAAUCUUCUUGAGAAAGGUUUUGCUUUAAAAGGCAUUACUUUUAAUAUGUAUGAUUCAAAUACAAGAGAAGCAACAAUUGCAUUAUUUCGUGUUCUCCAAGACGUGAAUCCUAAUGAUAUUAAACUUGUAAAAGAAUGGGCGAAGCAGAAUAUAAAUGAAGACAUAUUUAACUAUGCGCUGCUAUUGUCUGCAUUGUAUAGUAACAAAGUUGAACUCUCCGAUAUAUUACCACCUUUUAUUAAUAAACCAAACUUCUUCGUUAAUAGUGAAACGAUAUUCAAAGCUCUGAAACUGAAACUCAACCAUGGAAAUUUGAGUCCUCAAGAGGCGGAAACUCUGCAAAUCCGCAAGUUAGAUGACAGUACUUAUACUAUAAAUACUAAUUACUCUGGCUGGAAUCAUCCUAUUAAUAAAUGUGACCAAGAUACAAACUAUUUCAGAGAGGAUAUCUCACUCAAUAGUUAUUACUUUGGACUUCAUCUUCUUCAUCCAUUUUGGAUGUCGAAUGAAGAAUUAGACGCAAUUAAUCCUAGACAUGCUGAACAUUAUCUAUUCUCUCUGAAGCAAUUGCUGUCAAGGUACAAAUUAGAAAAACUGCACGUUCCAAAAGAAGAUAACCCGGAUAGUGAAGAAUGUGAUAUUGAUUAUCGUCCAUAUUUGAUUUAUGAGAAUGGGCUAUCUUUUCCUAACAGACCUUCUUUUGUCAGCUCUAAAGAUAUAUCUCGGGAAAACUUUGUGUCUAUAGACAUUGCUCUAAGGGAAUGUCUGUCACGGCGUAUUAUCAUGAUGAGCAGUGGUUCAGUAAAGAUAAACGAAGAAAAUUAUUUGCAGUUGUUACCAAAAUUACUAAGAGGUAGCUUGGAUGGUGUAUCAUCUGGAGAAACUAUACGUAACAUUUUUGGAUAUGGAGUCGGAACGCCGAAUGUGGUUACUUCAGCGCCCUCUAUAUUGCAUCAACAUGAAACUGCACUGAGGGAUCGUGUCUACUGGGUGUUGAUAGAACGCGCUUUAAAUUAUUCCCUCGAUUUCUUGCGCGAUAUGGGUCCAUACGACUUGUCUGAGUAUGAAACUGAUAGCCUACGCAUAAUCGAUAGUGAAAUCGAUGAUUUUGUUAGCUUUUUUGAUUAUUACCAGUUAAACAUCAACAACGCCCUAGGAAGUAACGAUAAUACCUAUACGCAAAAUUCUCAAACAAUUACAGCUAGACAGAGAAGACUAAAGCAUUUACCUUUUAAGUUUUCAUUCAAUGUGGAAUCUGAUAUGGAACAAGAUGUAAUUGUUAGAUUAUUUUUGGGACCACAAUGCUAUAAUGCCUCAUGUUGGGAGAGUUACCAUAACUUCUUUGAAAUUGACGCUUUUAAAUAUAGUUUAAAACAAGGUUUUAGUAAUAUUAGCUGGUCACUUGAAAAUUCAUCAAGAUUUUCAUUUGAUGACAUCUUUAAUUUAGAAAUGACACAUAAAGGUGUAAAUAAAUAUAAUAUGUUUAAGUUUCCUGCAAAUCUUUUGAUACCUAAGGGUUUGGAAGACGGUCUUCAACUAACAAUAUUUGUGAUGAUAACGCCAGUUACUACAGCUGGAAGUAAGUCAGCAAAAGAUAUUUUGUAUAGAACGAUAUCUACAUCCUUAGAAGUAGAUGAGAAGCCAUUAGGAUUCCCAUUUCAUAGAUUUGCGAAAAAUUAUAAAGAAAGUGCUAGUAACUACAGAUUUUACAAUGUAUCUGUGUAUCAUCAUAAAAGAACGGUUAAUAGAUAUGGUUAUUUUACAGAGCAUCUUUAUUGAUUUUAUUAAAUCUCUACAAUUGCAUUUGGAAGUUGAAUCCAUAAAAGGCAAGCAGGGAAUAUAAAGGUAGUAAUUUUUUCAUAAUAGGAAUGAGAAAUAAAUUUUAUUUGUGAAGUAUGUA